GUCGGAUGGAUAGAAACACAUACAAAGCGUGGACAAUCGCGCAUUUUACAACUUAAUGGAAAUGCGUUCAAAGGCGGAUCUUGAGGAGUUCUAAACAAACGUCAAGGUGUGCGGUGGUUAUCGUAGGAAAUGGUGGUGUAGGAAAAUCUAGCAUGAUUCAGCGAUAUUGUAAGGGCAUUUUUACGAAGGAUUACAAGAAAACCAUAGGUGUCGAUUUUCUGGAGCGACAAAUCGAAGUCGACGGUGAGGAAGUACGACUGAUGCUGUGGGAUACCGCGGGCCAAGAAGAAUUUGACGCGAUCACUAAGGCUUACUACAGAGGCGCUCAAGCUUGUGUACUUGCUUUCUCGACGACUGAUCGAGAUUCGUUUGAGGCUGCACACUCUUGGAAGCUAAAAGUCGAGAACGAGUGUGGCGAAAUUCCUACUGUGAUUGUUCAAAAUAAAAUUGAUCUUGUGGAUCAAACCGUUGUUAACCCAGAAGAAGCGGAAUUACUGGCUCGAGCGUUGGGAUGUCGCCUUUUGCGCACGUCGGUAAAAGAAGACAUCAACGUUGCAUCAGUUUUUCGUCACCUUGCAGCACGCUGCCUCGCCGAGCUGCGAGAUUGCCGUGAUGAUUACUAUUCAACCCCCAAUGGCCAUCAACCCGUUACAAUAAAUUCAUUUAAUCCUAGUCAAGCGGAUAAGAGUCAACAAAAUGGAACUAUAGUUCUACGACCUAAUAAACACAAGAAAAAGAAGAACGUAAUAAAAAAUGUCUGUAGAAUUUUAUGAUAACCAUCCUGCCACAAACCACCUUGAAGUCACCCCGUGAUAUUCACUAAUUUUAAGAUUUUUUAAUUUAAGAAGUGUUAUUACCUGGACAAACACUAUACUUAUAUAACAAUUAGUUGUACAUUAAUUGCUUGUACUGUUUGCGGGCCAUCCUACAAUAAUGAACACUGUGACAAUGUAAUUUAUUAUCUUAUAGUAAUGUCAGUAGUGUAUGUUAUUGUUCCUGGCAUUCUUUAUUUAUUUUAAACACUUUUUUAAAUGAAUUGUAAAUCUGUUAUCAAAUAGUAAUGGACCAAUCGUCCCGAAUUGCUUGAAAGUUGUAACUACGAUUUGUCAUCAUUUUGUGAAAUACUCUUAUGAAUAACCAAAUGUAUGUAGAUUCAUUCAAUUAAAAUAUUAAGUUUG